CGCCCCGCCCCUCGUCCGAAUCGCCUCACUCUUUGGGUUUUGUUCCCCGCAGCGGGGCGCCGCCCCCUCCGGCCGGCCAGGCCCCGCCCCAAUCCACGCCACGCCUCUUUCCUCUGCCUCCGCAGCCGCUGCUCUGAGCUGGGCGAGCCGCGGCGGCGGAUGCGGGCGGCUCGGUGGUUGAGCUGAGGCGCUCGCUCGCUCGCUCGCUCGCAGGGAACUGUCAGUCAACAUGGCAGCGGCUGAGGAGGCUGCGGAGAGGGAAAGCGGCGGCGGAGAAGUCCUGUCUGUCUACGUGUUCGACCGGCGCCAGGCGGAUUCGGACGGCGAAGACAAAGUUGUGAAGUGUCCUGAGGGAAACUACGGCGCCUUCCGUAGCGCCGUGUGCCAGGUAUUUGGCAUUUCCUCCAAAGAAACAUUUAUUGUCACAACCACAAAUAGAAUACGGAUCACAAAUGAAAACUUUGGGGGAAUGGUUAAAGAUGGCAUGACCUUCUAUUUGCUACAAUCAGUUGACCAGUCACUCCCCUCUGCAACAAAAGAGCGUAUUGAUUUCCUACCACAUUAUGAUACACUUGUGAAAAGUGGAAUGUAUGAAUACUAUGCUAGUGAAGGACAAAAUCCUCUUCCGUUUGCUCUUGCAGAAUUAAUUGAUAACUCUUUAUCAGCUACUUCUGAAAAUACUGCCGUCCGGAGAAUACAGUUAAAGCUGUUAUUUGAUGACUCUCAAGGGAAGCCAGCCGUUGCCGUGAUUGAUAAUGGAAGAGGCAUGAGUUCUAAACAACUGAAUAAUUGGGCUGUGUAUCGGUUAUCAAAGUUUACACGACAAAGUGAUAUGGAAAGUGACCAUUCAGGAUAUGUACGUCCUUCAGCAGUACCCCGCAGUUUAAACAGUGAUAUAUCAUAUUUUGGGGUUGGUGGUAAACAAGCAGUGUUUUUUGUUGGACAGUCUACCAGAAUGAUAAGCAAACCUGCAGAUUCUAAAGAUGUUCAUGAGCUUGUACUUUCUAAAGAAGAUUUUGAAAAGAAAGAGAAAAACAAAGAAGCUAUAUACAAGGGAUACAUUCGAAACAGAAAGCCAUCUGACUCUUCCCAUAUUGUUAAUGAUGAUGAACGAUUCCUGCACAAUCUUAUCAUGGAAGAAAAAGACAAAGAAGGUUUCACUGCAGUAGUUAUUACAGGAGUACAGCCAGAACACGUGCAGUACCUGAAAAACAAUUUUAACCGUUGGACCAGGCAACUAUCACACAUAUACCAUUACUAUAUCCAUGGACCAAAAGGAAAUGAAAUUAAUUUGCCAAUGAAGGAAGCAAGAACUUUCAACAAUAUUGAUAUUGAGAUUUCAAUGUAUGAAAAAGGGAAGACACCUAAGAUUGUGAAUCUUAGAGAAAUUAAAGAUGAUAUGCAGACAUUAUAUAUAAAUACGGCAGCAGAUAGUUUUGAGUUCAAGGCGAAAGUUGAAGGAGACGGUGUAGUGGAAGGUGUUAUACGCUAUCACCCUUUCUUGUAUGAUAAAGAAACGUAUCCUGAUGAUCCUUGCUUUCCUUCAAAAUUAAAAGAUGACAAUGAUGAUGAAGAAUGCUAUGUAAUAGAAAAGGGAGCAAGAGGGAAAAGGCCUAUUUUUGAAUGUUUUUGGAAUGGAAGACUAAUACCAUACACAACUGUUGAGAACUUUGAGUGGUGUGCUCUGCCCAAGAGAGGUCUUGCCCCAUCUGAAUGUUACAACAGAAUUUCUGGUGUGUUAUUUACAAAUGACAGAUUUCAGGUCAGCACAAACAAACUGACUUUCAUGGAUUUGGAAUUGAAGUUAAAAGACAGAAACACAAUUUUUACAAGAAUCGUCAAUGGACAGGAGCAAAGAAUGAAAAUUGACAGAGACUUUUCAUUGUGGCUCAAGGAGUGCCAUGAAAAACAUGACAAACAAAUAAAAUUCAUACACUUCAAAGAAAUAAUUACACGCACUGAGCUGCACUCUAAGCGCUUGCAGAGUCCCUGGUCUACAUAUUUGGCAAUAGAAUGGGAUGGAAAGACAUACAAAGCUGGGCAGUUGGUAAAAACAAUUAAAACAGUUCCAUUACUCUAUGGCAGAAUAAGGAAAUUUUUUCUAUAUGGCGAUCAUGAUGGAGAUGUGUAUGCGACAGGAGGAGAGGUUCAGAUAGUUUUGGAACCCGAGGAACUCUAUGAUGAAACCAAGGUUAUACCAAUAUGCAAACUUGAUCGUUCGGUUUCCAGCAAAGCAGUGAAGAAAUACAUUGAAGAGGAAAUGUCCAAGCUUCCUGAUAGGUUGUCAGUAACAUGGCCCGAUGGAGAUGAAUUAUUACCAAAUGAAACUAAGCUUGCAGGAGCUACCAUAGGAGCACUAAGAAUUGAAAUAUUGAAUAAAAAAGGAGAGGCUAUGCAAAAGCUUCCAGGGUCAGGUCAUGGAGCAGCGAAGAAAUUGCUUGUGGAACUUAAGGUCAUUUUUCAUUCCCAUAAUGGAGAUAAGGAAAUCAUUUCUCAUAUCAGUCAACAUGGGGGUAAAUGGCCUUACUGGUUCAAAAAAAUGGAAAACAUUACUAAACUUGGAUCCUACACAUUGAAACUGCAAGUGGUGUUGAAUGAAAGCAAUGCCGACACUUUUGCAGUAAGACCUCUUCCAUCAGAAACAUUUAAAUUUAAUAUAAUAGAGGGCAAGCCUCAGAAGUUUUCAAUAGGUCUUUUGGAUUCCCCAUUUCGAGUUGGGCAUCCAUUCAAUAUUCCUCUAGAUGUCCAGGAUGAAUUUGGUCAUGCUAAUCUGACGGAUGAUAUUGUGCCAAUUCUUGAGGCUAGUGGCUUAACAUUACAGUAUGAAGAAAUAGAUAAAGGACCAAAUUGUGCCAUUAAGGGUGUAACUGCUAAAAGGCCUGGUAAACAAUUACCAGGGAAAGGUCCACCAUGGCAGCUAAAUGUCAAACCAGACACUGACACAUUGAAAAUUGAAAAUGGAACAGCAUUUCCUUUCCAGGUUGAAGUGCUGGAUGAAGUAGGCAACAUAACAGCACAACCAAAACUAAUAGUUCAUUGCAAGUUUUCAGGAGCUCCAGGCCUUCCUGUAUAUGCUGUGGAUUGCAGCAGUGGUGGGAUAAAUAUCUUAACUGGACCAGUUCUACAUGUAGAGAAUAUAAAGAAAGAUCAGACGCUUAAAGCAAGGUUUGAAAUACCUAGUUGUAAAAGUGUACCACCAUUGGAGAAGACUAUUAAAUUGCUUCCCAGUAGAUCUGUUGCAAGAUUACAAAUUUUUAGCAUCGAGGGAGAAAAAGCUAUGCAGAUCCAACACCAGGAUGAAAUUAACUGGGUUGCAGGUGAUGUGAUGCAGAAUCUCAUUUUCCACAUGUAUGAUGAAGGGGACAGAGAAAUAUUAAUCACUCCCACGCUGGCCGAGAAAGUUAAGGAACCCGAGGAACUCUAUGAUGAAACCAAGGUUAUACCAAUAUGCAAACUUGAUCGUUCGGUUUCCAGCAAAGCAGUGAAGAAAUACAUUGAAGAGGAAAUGUCCAAGCUUCCUGAUAGGUUGUCAGUAACAUGGCCCGAUGGAGAUGAAUUAUUACCAAAUGAAACUAAGCUUGCAGGAGCUACCAUAGACUCAUGGGUGCUAGUAGUCUUUUGGCAUUCCCCAUUUCGAGUUGGGCAUCCAUUCAAUAUUCCUCUAGAUGUCCAGGAUGAAUUUGGUCAUGCUACUCAUCUGACGGAUGAUAUUGUGCCAAUUCUUGAGGCUAGUGGCUUAACAUUACAGUAUGAAGAAAUAGAUAAAGGACCAAAUUGUGCCAUUAAGGGUGUAACUGCUAAAGGCCUGGUAAACAAUUACCAGGGAAAGAACUUCAAUCUGAAAGUUACUCUUCCUGGCCUGAAGGAGGAAUGCCAAAUUUUGAAAAUUAAACUUCUUCCAGGUCCACCAUGGCAGCUAAAUGUCAAACCAGACACUGACACAUUGAAAAUUGAAAAUGGAACAGCAUUUCCUUUCCAGGUUGAAGUGCUGGAUGAAGUAGGCAACAUAACAGCACAACCAAAACUAAUAGUUCAUUGCAAGUUUUCAGGAGCUCCAGGCCUUCCUGUAUAUGCUGUGGAUUGCAGCAGUGGUGGGAUAAAUAUCUUAACUGGACCAGUUCUACAUGUAGAGAAUAUAAAGAAAGAUCAGACGCUUAAAGCAAGGUUUGAAAUACCUAGUUGUAAAAGUGUACCACCAUUGGAGAAGACUAUUAAAUUGCUUCCCAGUAGAUCUGUUGCAAGAUUACAAAUUUUUAGCAUCGAGGGAGAAAAAGCUAUGCAGAUCCAACACCAGGAUGAAAUUAACUGGGUUGCAGGUGAUGUGAUGCAGAAUCUCAUUUUCCACAUGUAUGAUGAAGGGGACAGAGAAAUAUUAAUCACUCCCACGCUGGCCGAGAAAGUUAAGGUAAAUUGGACUCCAAAGAUUAAUAGAGAACAGUUGGUUAAUGGCUUAUUACCUGAUGUGAAGGUACCAACAUCUGUAAAUGAUGUGCACUAUUAUGUAGUUUCAUUCCAUGAUGGGCAUGUAUCUUUGGAAAGUGCAUUCACAAUAAGACCACUUGCUGAUGAGCCAAAACAUAUUAAAUGCAAAUUAAAAGGAUCUAAUACAAUACAAAUGGGUGAAAAACUACAAGAAGAAAUUGAGGUAAUGAUUACAGAUCAGCAUGGAAAUCACAUUCAGAACCUGACAUCAACUUGUUUGGAUUCCUUGAAAAUAGACGGUAGUGGUCUGGAUAAAUCAGAAUUGAGAAGUGUUUGGCAGGCAGAUACACAAACUAUUUGUGUCACAGGAAUCAGGUUUAAACCAGGUCCUCCUGGAACCAAAGAACUGUGUUUUGCUUGGCGUGAAUUUUCUCAUUUCUUGAGACUAAAUUUAAUUGCAGGACCUCCAGCUAAAUUGGUGCUUGUGGACUGGACAGAGUUAGAAAACCCUGUGUCAGUGAUUAAUGGCAAAGAACUACAGAAGCCACUUAUAGUCCAGCUGUGUGAUCAGUGGAAUAACCCAUCUUCUGAACCUGAUGUCAAAAUCAACCUUUUAAAGGCUGGGAACUUAAAGAUUAUUCCUUCAAACCAGCAGCAUAAAACAGAUGAAAAUGGCAGAGCAAAUUUCGGAGUUCUUAGAAUUCAUGCUCCUUGGGGAGAGCAUACAUUGCAAUUUAAAGCCACAUACAACAAGAACACACUAAACUGUCCAGUAAUCAGAUUAAAUGUUCAGCCUGACCCCGAGAGACCUGUACAUUUGAAUGUCAAGUAUGACACGAAUGCUACCCUUGUAGCUGGAAACACCUUUCCUGAUUUCAUUAUUAGUGUUAUUUCUGAAGCUGAUAACAUUAUUAAAAAUAUAAGCCCAGGAAUAAUUUAUAUGAAAAUGUGGGAAGGUAGUAGAACUGUACCUCAAAAUGUUACAACGUAUGUCUGUACCAAAACAAAUGAUGACGACAGUAGCUUUUUUUACUUCAGGCAAAAAAUGGUUCCAGAGAAAGUGGGCACCUACAGCAUCCAGUUUGCAUUUGCCAUUGACAAAAUAAACAUUCUUAACAGCGAACAGAUUGUUUUUGAAGUGGAGCCUAAUGAACCAACACAGCUGAUGCCAAGAAUUUUGCCAAAUACUCCUACCGUUUCUAAUGCUCAGAGUGUUGGCAGUCGGACCCUUGUCAAAGACUUGACUCUUGUUAUUAUGGAUGAAUACAAAAACUGCACUGGCAAUGACUUGGAUGGGAAAAUCAUAGCUAAAAUUCGAAGUUCAACUGAUAAAGUUAAGGACAUCCCCCUGUUUCAGGGUAAAACAGAUACAGUUGAGUUUCCAUUUCACAGAGGAAUUGUUGAAAUUGAGGAUCUUGUGCUGGCAGAAAAUAGUCCAGGGAGAGAUAGUACUGAAUAUAUUCUUGUAUUUGAGCCAGAUAUACCCAUUUUGAAUCGACGUUUGGAACCUUAUUGUCUCCCUUUUAUGUUUUAUGAUGGUUAUAAGAAACAACAGCAGAUGGCCACACUUUCAAAAGAGAGAGACGAGCUUUCUAAGUCAAUAACUGCAUACAGAGAUACGUUUGACACCACUAAUCAGCUUCUAACUGAAAUGAAGCGUCAAGUUCAGGAGGCUGAAACAAGAGAGGCUCAGCUGAAGGAUAAACUGAAAAGACUUCGGAUUGAUAUACCUCAGACUAACGUUCUGCACUUUGCUUGUUCUCUACUAAAAGAGAAAAUCUCUGAGCGGGAAGGAAUAAUGAAACAACCUAGAAGAACAUGCACAUGUUCUGAUUAUCCCAAAGACAAAGAUGUUUUGGGCAAGAUUUCACACUUAGCACAAAUUGAAGAUAAUGAAGCAGCAAAGGUUAUUUCUUGGCAUUUGGCAAGUGACAUGGACUGUGUAGUCACUUUGACUACUGCUGCAGCUCGUCGUAUCUUUGAUGAAACCAAAGGUCAGCAGCAGGUGUUGCCUCUUGAUUCUAUUUAUAGGAGGAGUCUUCCAGACUGGAACAGGCCUUUACCUCACUUACAAAAUGGAAGAAAUACUUUCAAGGCUAUAGGAAAUCCUGUGUUUGCCAGGAACUUGCUAACAUUUCCGGAGCACACAGAGAAUUGCCAGACAGUGUUUGGGAUGCUUUUAGGAGAUGCCAUUCUUAUUGACAAUUUGGAUGCUGCCAAUCAUUACAGAAAAGAGCUUGUUAAAAACACACAUUGCCCAGCAUUAUUGACAAGAGAUGGAGAGAGAAUUCGUAGCAAUGGAAAGUUUGGAGGUCUUCAGAAUAAAGCCCCUCCCAUGGAUAAGCUUCGAGGAAUGGUUUUUGGAGCACCUCUGCCGCAACGAUGCAAAAUUCUCUCUGAACAGAUAGAUCUCCUUCAGCAGUACCAGAAAGCAGUUGCAUGGCUUACUAAUAAGAAGGCAGACCUUGAUUUCCACGAGCAAUCAUAUAAUAGUCCAGAAAUGAAUAAAAAGAAAAAAGAGCUUGCAGACCAGGAAAAGAGACUCAAGGCAAUAGAGCAGGAAUUGGGCAUUACCUCAUCUGGUCGAUGCUCCAAAUCUUCAGUUCACAUGGAAGAACUUGAUACAUUUGACAAUCCUAGCCCUCCAAAAAGAAUGCGGAGAGAAACAGCAAAACGGUCACUCAGUCCAGAAGAAUGGGUAUCAUCUCCUCCCAUGAAGAAACAGCAGCAAAGAGCAACAGAUACAUCAGAUGUUAAUGGAACAGCCCGAAAAAAGAAACCAUAGACUAUAAACAUAUUUCUUAAAAAGUAACUGUAUAUUGAAAUGUGUACAAGCUGGGGAAAAAUAAAUUCAUGUUAACCACCAUUCUUGUAUACUUCUAGAGAAACGUUGUUAGUAACAACUGUUAAGCUUUAUUUUGUAUAGCUUUUUCUAUGGUUAUUAGACUUCAGUAUGUGGAAGUAAUAAAUAUGCUUUUUUAUUUAUGAUAACACAUUCAGAUUUUACAAUAAAAUGGCUACAAUACUACA